ACGCUUCUAACUACUUGGUCCGAGGGUCACAGACACUUGCGCUUCCGCUUCCGGUGUGUCCCGGAGCCAUGGCUACCGCCAGGGAGGUGAAGCUUCUCCUGUCUUGCUGCAGACCGCGCCGCAGCCUUCGAGCAUCCCAGUCCCGGGCCUUCGCCGCCCUCGUGCCCGGUGUGUCCCAGGUAGACAACAAUUCCGACUUUCUGGGGAAGAAGCCCCAUCGCAAGCACCCCGGCAUCCUGCGUCUUCCGCACGUGCGGCUGCCGCAAGCGCUGGCUGACGCAGCCCAGUUACUGCUGCUCGAGAGACCCGUCCCCCGCGUGGAGAAGCAGGUGCAGGCACUCACCAACUACCUCUGGAGCCGACAUUUGCCAGUAGAGCCCGAGGAGUUGCAAAGACGGGCUGCGGAUCUGGAGAAAAGAUUCCUGGAGAGCCAAGACUCGACUCAGACAGAGGAGAAACUUCGUGGGGCAGUACUGCAGGCCCUGCGUAGAACUACCUACCAUUGGCAGAAACUCAGUUAUAAUGAAGAACUCAGUUUGAUAUACAUGGCAGCAAGAUUGGACGGUGGUUUUGCAGCGGUUUUCAGGGCGUUCCAUGAGAUCCAGGCUCGCGUUCCAGAGUUCCAGCCGCAAACGUUGAUGGACUUUGGAUCCGGCACUGGUUCUGUUGCCUGGGCUGCUCACAGUACCUGGAGCCAGAGCCUCCGUGAAUAUAUGUGUGUGGACAGCUCAGCAGCCAUGUUGGGUUUGGCUGAGAAGCUACUAAAAGGUGGCUCGGAAUCAGGGAAGCCCUGUAUCCCAGGUGUCUUUUUCAGACAGUUUCUACCUGUGUCACCCAAGGUCCAGUUUGAUGUGGUCGUGUCAGCCUUCGCCCUCAGUGAACUACCCAGCAAGGCUGAUCGAGCUGAGGUAGUUCAGACCUUGUGGCGUAAGACAAGCCAUUUUCUGGUGUUGGUGGAGAACGGAACAAAAGCUGGGCACCGUCUUCUCAUGGAUGCCAGGAACCUGGUCCUCCAGGGAAAAGAGAAGUCCCCUUUGGACCUUCAGCCUGGCUUUGUCUUUGCCCCCUGUCCACAUGAGCUUCCUUGUCCUCAGCUGUCAGCCUCCAAGUCCCUGGCCUGCAGUUUCUCCCAGGCUUACCACCCCAUCCCCUUCAGCUGGAAUAAGAAUCCAAAAGAGGAAACGUUCUCUGUAGUGAUCCUUGCCAGGGGGUCGCCAAAGGAGACUAAUCGCUGGCCCCGGAUCACCCAGCCUGUCCUUAAACGGCCUCGUCAUGUGCAUUGUCACCUCUGUUGUCCAGACGGGAGCAUGCAGCAUGCUGUGGUCACAGCCCGUCGGCACGGCAGGGAUAUGUAUCGCUGUGCCCGCGUCAGCUCCUGGGGAGACCUUUUACCUGUGAUAGGUCCAGCUGCGCUUCCUCCGUGCCCUGCUGAAGAGCCCGCCGAGAGCUGACAAGAGUGUACAGCCAGUGUUUCCUCCCAUCAUGCCUGCCGAGGCCGAAGCCCCCUGGUGUCCAGGAAGAGAGUACUGGUACCCCUGGGACUGUAGUUGUUUGAAAUUUUUAUAAUAAAUCUUUUAAGAACAGAA